CACUUCAUAUUUCAAAAAUCGGACAAACAAAACGACCGCAGCGUCGUUCAGCGUAUCCAUUUAAACUUUUUUUUCCGACGAAUUAUUAAUAAAAAUACUUUUCCCUAAAAUCAUUUAACUAUGGAACGCAAACCGGAAACGCAGAUCCAGAACGCACCGAGUGACAUAAUUUCUUCGGUAAAGUUCUCGCCAAAUACCAACCAGUUCCUGCUGGUAUCUAGCUGGGACUCCAGUGUUCGGCUGUACGAUGUAGCAAACAACACCCUGCGCCAAAAGUAUUAUCACGAUGCCCCGGUGCUGGAUUGUGCUUUUCACGAUUCUGUCCGCACGGUCAGUGCCGGCCUCGAUAAUUUGGUCAAAUUGUACGAUCUCAACACACACGCCGAGAGUAUUCUUGGAAGUCAUGACGCUGGGGUCAAAUGUGUCGAAUACUCGUCCAAAGCCAACGGAAUCCUAACCGGAAGCUGGGACAAGACGGUCCGGCUGUGGGACAUCCGUGACAAGGAUUGUGUCGGGAAGUACGAGCAAAGCAACGGUAAGGUGUAUUCUAUGAGCUGCAUCGACGAGAAGCUGGUAGUGGCCACCUCCGAACGAAAAGUUAUCGUAUGGGAUUUGCGAAACAUGGGCCAGUACCUAACACGACGGGAAUCAUCACUCAAGUUCCAGACGCGGGCCAUCCGGUGCUUCCCGAACAAGGAAGGUUACGUGAUGAGCUCGAUCGAGGGUCGCGUGGCGGUCGAGUAUUUCGACAUGGACCCGGAGGUCCAGAAGAAAAAGUUCGCCUUCAAGUGCCACCGCUCGAAGGAGAACAACAUGGAGCUGAUCUAUCCGGUCAAUGCCGUGAGCUUUCACAACGUGUUCAACACGUUCGCCACCGGUGGUUCCGAUGGGUACGUCAACAUUUGGGACGGUUUCAACAAGAAGCGGCUGUGUCAGUUCCACCUGUACGAUAGCUCGAUCUCGUCGCUGGCCUUCAGCUACGACGGAAGCACCCUGGCGAUUGCGUGCUCGUAUCUGGAUGAAGCGGAAGUGCCACCGGAGCCGGUUCCGCAACCGACGUUAUAUGUGCGAUACGUGAGCGAAGCCGAAACGAAACCGAAAUAAGAGUCGGGUCGUUCGGUUCUAUACGCUAAGGUAGGUUUAUGUGUCAUCUAUUUGGGAAAUAAAUUAACGAUAUGUGUGCGCCAUGGAGAA